GCGAUUCCGGUUCCGGGUGUCUUCAUACCAGUCGAAGGCGCUCGCUUUCCUGAUUAUGUUCUUUUAUCGGAAACUUUUUUCGACCAUCGACAAAAAAUUGUAGCUAUUUUUUUAAUCCGACAAGUUAAACGGAAGAAGGAGAACAUGACGACCCGCUCCGAGAGAGAGAAGGCCCAGAAACUGAACGAGCAGCACCAGGCCAUCCUGUCCAAAAUGCUCAGAGAGGAAGACAACAAGUAUUGUGCCGACUGCGAGGCAAAAGGUCCAAGAUGGGCGUCUUGGAACUUGGGGGUAUUUAUCUGCAUUCGGUGUGCGGGCAGCCACAGGAACCUCGGUGUCCACAUUUCCCGAGUGAAAUCGGUCAACUUGGACCAAUGGACCCCAGAUCAAAUUCAGUGUAUACAGGAUAUGGGAAACACCAAGGCCAGGCAGCUUUAUGAGGCUAACCUUCCAGAAAACUUCAGACGACCUCAAACAGACCAAGCAGUUGAAUUCUUCAUUAGAGAUAAAUAUGAGAAGAAAAAAUACUACAGUAAGAAUGUGACCAAUGGAGGCAGUCCUAAAGAUUGUAUUAAGAAGGAGAAGGAGAGCGAGCGAGGGAGAAAGGUGUCUUCUUACACCAAGAAAAGUGAAGAGUCCACGCCAGUUCCUAAAAUCAGUCCAGUUAAGACUUCAGAGCCUUCUGUGAACCUACUAGGACUUGAUGCACCAACAGCUGCACCAAGCAACAAUGGGAUAACAAGCACAAGCCAGAACAAUAACGACCUGGACAUAUUUGGACCAAUGGUGUCCAACCCCCUUCCCUCGUCAACGUCGACUGCUCAGUUUCCUCAGGGGGGCUCUAGCAGUGUUGCGGGCACUCCUACACAAGCCCCAGCAGCGGCAAUGGGUGGAGCUGGGUCGGGGUCAGGACAGGGUGACCUUGACCUGUUUAAUGACAGUAGCAGCACAACUAAGACAGAAGAUAGCACAAAGAAGACAUUGUCCAAGGACUCCAUCUUGUCACUAUAUGGAACCAACAACAUGUCACCGCAGGCUUCGGCUGCUGGCAUGUUUAUGGGACCCUCUCAGAUGCAGUUUCCUGUCCAGACCUCUGCUGGUUAUCAGGCCUUUCCUGGCAUGGGCAAUGCCGUGCCGCCUACGACUGUCAUGGGUGCCAUGAUGGCACAGAGUGGAGCAGCCAUGAUGGGCCCCAGUCCAGGAAUGAUGGUUGGGAUGACCAUGCCCAAUGGCUUCAUGGGAAAUGCCCCCGCUAGCGGUGUGAUGGGCAUGGCCCCCAGAAUGAUGGCGCCACAUGGUGGUGCCAUGCCUGCAGGCAUGGUGCCUGCCCAGGGCAUGUACGCCAUUCAGCCUGGGCAACAAGCUCAGUGGAACAUGGCUCAGGUGAGCCACCAGAUGUCAGGCUUGCAUCUGAACGGUGCCGCUGGACACAUGGCCUUCACUCAGCCUCCAGCUGCAAUGGGUGGUUGGGCCGCGCCCGGAUCCGGCCAAACUCUGAGCACACAGCUAUGGAAGUGAGCUUUAGGUGGGACAAUGGUCAGACAGAGGAAGAGUUGUGGUUGUGGGAGGUGCAAAAGAUUUUUUUUGUGUUCCUCUGCACCACACUUUGAACUGAUGUUGAAUUCCACUGUGGACCAGCCUUCAAGAACAUGAAAAUUGUAUCUCUACCUGCCCCAUCUCCUUCUACUGUCACCGUCUCUCUAUCGUGAGUGAGUGGACUCUAUGCACGCACACUUCUGCAUUUUGGUUACGGAGGCGUGCUAACUUCCAGUCGCCAGACGAACACAUUGAGAACAACGACACUUUUGAACUUUUCAAAAAAUGCUCGAGUCGUGUCUAAAGGAAUGACACAGUUGGCAUGAAUGCUGCACUGUAUUACCUUCCUAAUUACCGCUUUAAAGUGCCUAUGACAGAAAAAAAGCAUGGUAUUACAUAUUUCAUGCGGUGUUUAAUGCUCCUGAAUGAAAUGGACCGCUUGGAUGUGUGUGGAAGUGAUCGGUUCAUUUAUUCAAUUUUUUUAAUCCCACGCCAUAAAAAUGAGUGACUUCCUGGAUUGAGGAAGAAUGUGACAUCAGCCGGGUCACCAUCUCACAAUACAGCCAUUAGCCAUAGCAUGCAGAAGGGCUGCUCCGAUUUUGCGGAUUAAUUUAUUUUUCGCAUUACGCCAGCCCAAUGUGCUGCAGGGUUUUGUAGCUUCACCAGGGAGAGGCGUGUGAGCCUUUUUGUGUUUCAAAAAAUUUCCGCUCACCGCACAGAGAAUGGCCAAAACAAGUCCAACAACUGUGGGACCAUUGGACCGACGAGGAAGUGAGUAAACUACGUGUUUUGUAUUAUGUCAAAUACUGGGAUCAUGGCGAACAUUUUAAUAAGGAGGUGGCUUGCAUUUUGUGAGUGUCAAUGCUCCCUAUCCACCGAGAAGGCCACACGGCCGAUGACCAGCGGCUUGUAGCACACCCCCUUAGACCUCUUCGCGUGCCCGCCCACAUAGCGCUUUCCUUGGCUUUCCCCAGAGCAGCUCCCCGCUCUGACAUCGGCUGGUUUGUCCACGUUGGCGUUCAUUCCCUUCUCUGCCUGCCCGCUGGGCCCCAGCAGAACGACGAGCCGAGACUUGCUCGCCGCCGGUGUUCUGUCAAAUUUUGUUUUGCACCCCAUCGGAAAUUGCAACUUUGUGUUAAAAUGGCUGCAAAUGCCGUGAAAAUAUUGGAGUAGAGAGAUUGAAACAGUGAUGACAUUUUGCUGCUUUGUGUAGCAUUUUCCUUGUUCUGAAUCUUCCCCCUCAAUGGGCUGAAUUCUAAAUCAGCUGAAUUCGUGACCUGCCGACAUCAUCCAGCUGGGGACGCUAGAGUGCUAUAAUCACAGGCGAGGCUAAACGGCAGAUUAAAACACUAAUUUCUCGUCAUCUGUGCUUUGCCAAAUUGUUAUAUAUAGUUGAAAUUUCUCAAAAUAUGAUUUUAAUUCACAUAAUAAUGCUAUUUCAGAUUUUUUUAUGCUGUCACAGGCACUUUAAGCAGUUUUGGAUUGUUUACUUCCUAGCGUAUUGGUUCCCUAGUGUGUGAAAGUACGGCACGACCCGUAGUGAAAGCAGAAGUGAGGGGUCUGUCCAUAAAAGAAACUUGAAAGUAUGGAACUGGUUUGACUUUUCCCAACACAACAAAAUGCGAAAAACAAAUACUUACAGUGGUUGAUAUGAAAAGGUAUGCAACUCAGAAAAUGCAGUUAACCUGUUUAACCAACUGAAGAGAUGGAAAUUGACCUCAGAUAUCUUAAAUAGUUGUACCUUAUUAUGAGUUAACCCAUUACUAAUUUUCCACCCUGAUAUUGCCAUGCCCACAUUAACUCGGAAUGCCGUGAAAGCUCAUCUGCCGUGCUUUCGACAUACAUAGGACUUCACAUCACUUUGUUCGGUGGAGUCAAAUUUAUUUAUAUAAACCUAAAUCACCGAAAGAUUUUUUAAGUCUUUACAGACAAACUGCAAAUGGACAUGCAAAUAAUAAAAGAAAUAUUAGAAAUACAAAUCAGAUGUCAUCUCUCGAUCUAAUUUCCACCCCCCCCCCCCCCCAAUGGACAAGGAAAAACAAAACAAAACAUCUGAUGGAAAAAAAGUCAAUUGUUAGUCAAUGUUAGAAAAAUUACUUUUUGAUUUCUUUAUCGCAUAGGCAUGUACAGAUAUAUGUAAAAUGAAAGCAGAAAACAGACUGGUAGUAAACAUACUAUUGUUUUAGAUAUGGUUUUAAUGCUUAAAAUUAAGUAAGCACUUCAGUAUGUACAAACUGGCUUGAUGGAAUAAAUGGUUUUGGGGGUGACAGCCUUGACAUUUCCUUGAUCCACCCCCCACCAUUCCAUGCUGGGAUCCUUGUUUGUUCAUUGAGCACUACAGCAUGGCUGUAACAUAGUGCUGCACAUGGAGAUUGAACAUUAAUUCAAUGCUUUGUGAUUGGUGCAAACACAAUGAGAUUUGGGUUAUAGAAACAAAAUGCAAUCUAUCAUAAAAUGACCAGCAUGUACAUCGAUGUUUUCAUCGAUUGAGAGUUUGCAACAGAAUGAACACCGCAGUGUUGGCUCAGUUAGCUAUCACAGUUUUUAAAAAGUGAGAUGAGAUUUCGACUCCGCAAGGUACCAGCACUGAACUAAUGUUGAGUAAAUCUAUUUACACAAACUUGUUAUAAAAUAUUUAAAGAAUUAAAGUAAUUUUGUUGAGAGUUGUCAUCCCAUUAGGUUGAAAUAAGAAAACCGGAAAGUGGUACGCCUCCAAAUCUUUCACCUGAAAAUGCUAAAUGUGUUGUCGUGCAUACUGUCCAUUGGGAGUCUUACAACCUGGCAGAUUCUGCCUGUCGUAUGGUUUUUGAUUAUUUUAGUUUCCUUUUUUUUUUCUUCUUUUUUUUGGAAAACAAAAAAAUAAGGAAUAAACAUCCAAACAAGAAUUAUAUUGACAUAUCAGAAAAGCUGCAGGACCAGUUACACAAACUUUUAUUGUAUCACUGUAUCAUUAAGAUUAUAGAACAUUAAAAUGAAUAGUAUUUAAAGGGAGAAGAUAGAGCUUAUCCAGUCUGUCAGUACAGCUCCCCGAGUGUACAGCGCUGUAUAACUUUAAAGUACUUGUGGUUCGCUAUUCAAAAAUAAAAUCAUAAAUGCUG